AACACUCUCGAUUUGUUUGUAAACAAACCCAGUUCGCAAUCGUCGUAUACCAAAACAAUGCCCUGCUGCGUGCCCAGAUGCGUUCCGGCCGGCGGUUCCGCCUCCGGGUUGGUCCGCUUUCCGGGCGCCGACCUGCUGCGGGACCGCUGGAAGCAGGCCAUCGAAGCGGGCACGGGGCUUGGUUUGAAGGACGGGUCGCUGCGGUUGGAGGUUUGUUUGGAACACUUUGCCAAGCCGGAGGAUGUUCGAGAGUACCAGGAACCGGCGCGGUUUGUCGAUAAAAACGGUCUUCCAAUCGAGUUGGCCAGCUGUCGGCUGUGUCUCCAGUUCCAACUCAAAUCCGACAUGGUGCCCUUGUUGGGACAUCUGACCUCGCUAGACAACUUGUCCACUAUCCUUCAACAAACGGCCCAUAUCAAACGGAGCCCGUCAGACAUUCCAACCAUGGUUUGCACCGUAUGCCUCGUCAAGGUGGACCUAAUUCACGCACUUCGGAGCCAAUUUGCGGCCCAAGAUGCGCUUUUCCAGUCAUUGCAGAGUGCGGAAGCAACGUGCCACCUGGAAGUCGUGGAAGCGACCGUGCAGGAUGAGUACGGCGAGCAAAAGUUGGAACCGCUCGAAGAGGACGAUUGUGAGGUUGAUUUUGACGCUGACGAUGGUUCGAACUAUUCAGAGGAAAUCAAUCAGGAAGAUAUAGGGAGGAAAAGAAAGCGUCCGAAGAAGGGCGUCAAGAUGAGCUCCUUGAUCGCGCGGAAGUGUUACUUGUGCAAGGUGGCUCCGUUUGCCAAUCCGAUCGAUUUGCUGAACCAUUUGAGCAAGGAGCACACUACAGAGGGCGAUUUAAGCUGUACGGAGUGUAACGACGGGAAGGUGUUCGAAAGCAUCCAGCGCUUCAACCGGCACAUGAGUCAUCACGACGGCGAGGACCGUCCGCUUCGGUGCGGCUUCUGUCCGAUGCGGUACUGCGACGAGCACGGUGUGCACGCGCACGAGAAUCGAGAGCACGGAACGCGGCACGAGGUCAGCGUGGUGCUGCAUCGUCCCACGGCUUGUGAGGAGUGCGGCAAGAUGUUUGCUUCGACGUCGAACAAGAAACGCCACUGGAAGGAAGCCCACGGGAGGAGCUCGAAGUUUGAGUGCGAGUUUUGCGAGGCGGAACUAGCGUCGAGCCAGUCGUUGCACUCGCACGUGCUGGGACAUUCGAAGCCGGUUGGGCACAAGUGUGAAAUCUGCGAGAUGUGGUUCCGGUCGGAAGCCGUGCUGCAGAAGCAUUUGGAGAAGGUUCACGAGGGCGCAGUUUAUCUGGAUUGUGCGCCAUGCAAGGAACAGUUCGAGAGUGAAGAAGCGUUCAUCGAUCACUUGCAACGGAAGCAUCGACAGUGCGAAACGUACGAGUAUUCGUGCAGUCUCUGCCUGGAAGUUCCUCAGAGCGCGGAAGACCUCGAUCAGCACAUUGAUCAGACCCAUAAAGAGUCGCAAUAUCCAACGCUACGCUGCGUCCGAUGUACGAGAGAGUUUCGAUCCCAACUGUCGCUGUACCGUCACCGGAAGCAAAAGUGCUCCAAGCGUUCGCUCCAGCUACGCUGCGAACCAUGCGAUCGCGAGUUCGCAACCCAAAAACACCUCAAAGAUCACGUUGCCGCAACCCAUCUGCACCAGAAACUCUACCGCUGCGACGAGUGUGGCAAAGAGUUCGGCUGGCCGAGCAACCUGGACAGCCACCGUCGCAGCGUCCACAACGAGGAGCGACCGUUCGUCUGCCAGCAGUGCGGAACCAGCUUCAAGGUCAGCAACAGUCUCUGCCGGCAUCGAAAGCGCUGCCACAUCAUGCGCCAGAAGGCACUGCUCAAGGCGAACCCCGAGCUGCGCGAGCCACAACGCCCCCUGCACGCCUGUGACCUGUGCGACAGAACGUUCGCCACCAAGUCCACGCGGGACAACCACCGGCGGAGCAUCCACACCGGCGAGCGGUCCUACCUGUGCCAGCACUGCGGGAUGAGCUUCAAGGCGAGCUCGGUGCACUCGCCCCACCGGAAGCGCUGUCUGCUGCGGCAGGAGGCUCGGGCGGCGGCGAUGGCAGCGCGGGAAGUUAUCCGGAAGGCCAAGAAGCCGUUUGCGUGCGAGCUGUGCGGGAAGACGUUCCGGACGGAGCAGGUGCUGCAGAAGCACGGUCGGAAUCACCACUCGGGGGAGAAGAAGAGGAAGAGGGUGAAGAAAGCGCUGGUGGAGAAAGAGAAGAAACCGAGGAAAAAGAAGGGGAAGGCUGGUGGGGAGGUUGCUUCCGCGGUUGUCAAGGUGGAAACGGAACGCGAGGUGAAGGAGGAAGUGGUAGAAGAAAUUCCCACCAUGGUUUGCUGCGUUCCGGGUUGCCUUCCGGCGGACACGAGCGGCGGCCUCGUGCGCGUCGUCAAAUUUCCCACCGAGGACGAUUUGCGCCGCCGCUGGCUGCAGGCCGUCGAGAUCGGCAGUGGAACUGCGCUCGACGAUGACGAUGCCGACUACCAGCUCUGCACAGGCCACUUUGAGUGGGCCGGGGACAACGAGCAGGAGUACCGGGAACCGACGGUGUUUUUGGGAGGGAGUGUGGCGAGUUGCAGGUUGUGCCAUCAGUUCCUGCCGGUGAGCCGGAUGGUGCCGUCGGUUGGGGGUGGGACGUUUGCCGAUAUGGCACUCGAUACGGUGGUAGCGCUGGUGCUGCGGAUCACGCUGAAGUCGACCGACUUUCUGCGGAUGGUGUGCGACGAGUGUCUGGUGAAGGUGGACCUGAUUCGUGCCCUGCAGGAGCAGUUUGCGCUGCAGCAGGACUAUUACGGUGGGUACCUGGGGAAGGUCAAGCCCAAGCUGGAGAUUGAGGAGGUCGAGUGGAAGGCGGAGGUGGUUCCGGAGCAUUUUGAGGAUGACUGGAAGGCGGAGUCGGAGGAGGAAGUGGGUGACGAGGAUGAGGAAGAGUCCGAGGAGGAGAGUUCUUCGGAAUCGUCAGAUUCGGAGUAUUUCGAGGAGGUUGUAGUGAAGAAGCAGAGAGGGAAGCGAAAAGCUCCGGUGAGGAGGACGAAGAAAGAGAAAAAGGUCGUGGUGAAGCGUAAGGAGGGGGAGCCCCAGAUGUCGGCACUUGUGCCGAGGACGUGCAACAUUUGCGUCAAGGUGUUUGAUAACCACGGCGAUCUGAUGCUUCAUCUGAUUGAGCAGCACGGAAGUACGGAGGGAUUUACGUGCGCCGCGUGUAACGAUGGUCACAAGUUCCCAACUAUCCAGCAGUACAAUUACCAUUUGGCUUAUCACGACGCCUCGAAGCGACCGAACAAGUGUAGCUUCUGUCCGAUUCGGUACCGAUCGGUAGCGGCGUUGAAGCGCCAUGAAAACUCCAAGCACGGCGCAAGUCACAAGCUCAAAGGACGAAUUGCCCGGGAAUGCCAGUGUCACGAGUGUGGCAAGGUCUACACCGCCCAGUGGAAGCUCAACCAACACAUCCGGCACAAUCAUAGAGGAGUAAUACCGCGAUCGCAUUGCAAAAUAUGUCAGAAGAACUUCGCCACUGCGCUAGCCCUUCGAACCCACAUUCUGGGCAGUCACGCCGGUCAGCGGCCAUUCCAGUGCGAGUCCUGUGACGCUAGCUACCGGACGUCAACCGAUCUCAGGCACCACGUCAAGGCCGUCCACGAGGGCAAGAACCCCUUCCGAUGCGGAUCCUGCGAUAUCAGCUUCCGCACGAAGCGCGAGUACGUCAACCAUCGACACAACGAGCAUCGCAACCGAAGAAUGUAUCAUUCCUCCUGCAAGCUAUGCCCAGAAAUCCCGCAAAACAAUACCGAUCUCCUCGCGCACAUCGCCGCCUGUCACGCCGACGUCGAAUAUCCGCGCAACCAGUGCCCUCACUGUCCGGAAACGUUCCUCACCGCCCACGGCCAAGGCCAGCACAAACGCCUCGCCCACCCGGAGCAUCUCCCGCUCGAGUGUCAAAUCUGCCACAAAAAGUACUCCACGAAGCUGUCCCUCAAGGAGCACGUGGACGUCAUCCACCUGGGCAAACCUCCCACGAUCAAGCGCAAGGGCCGCCACGAGCCCCAGUCCUCGACCUGUCCGACGUGCGGCAAGCAGUUCUCCAGCAAGCAGAACCUCCAGCGGCACGAGAAGGCCGUCCACCUGGGCGAGCGAAACUUCCAGUGCGAUCUGUGCCCGAAGGCGUUCAGUACGGCCACCGUGCUGCAGAACCAUCGUCGCUGCGUGCACACCGGUGAGGCGCUGCACGAGUGCCCCGGCUGUGGCCAGCGCUUCAAGGAGAACGGCACGUUCUAUCGCCACCGGGCUAAGUGCGCCCCGGAAGCGUCCACCAAGAAGGCGGCCAAGUGAGGGGGGAUUUUGGCGAAUAAAGAUUAUUUUUGAGGGUU